GAUUUGGAUGAUCGAAGGAAUUCCAUUUUUGCUGUUGCAGUCCUUCCGGGAGGAGCGACCAAGGGCGAGGUCAGGGAUCACCGUGGUCCCACGAUGGACGGGAAGAGAAAUCCUCCGACCUCGGUCAGAGGCGACAUGGAAUACAUCCGGCCUCUUAAGAUCAGUCAGAAUCAGUACGAGGAUCCUCCCUUGGGAACCAGCACCGCUAAAAGACACCACAGUGGCCACUUUCGACAUGCAAAUGCAGAAGUCUGGGAUCCACAUCCACAAUACGAGUUCACGGCUUUUGGAAAGAGGUUUCGACUGCGAUUGGCUCACGACUCGAGUUUCGUAUCACCUGAUAUCAAGUUGACACACAUCACCGAGAAUUCUACGAGAAGGGAACAUUUAGGACAUCAACUUGGCUGUUUCUACAAUGGAUACGUCGAGGGAGAUCCAUCCUCUGUCGUCACCGUCAGUCUUUGUCACGGAAUGACCGGCCACUUGAGAACUUCCAGUGGGAAUUAUUUCAUCAAGCCCGCCGAAAGAUGGAGAAACGGCGACAAGAGUUCCGUGGGCUCUCCUUUGAAACACGCCAUUUACAGAGUCCCCUCUUCAAGGACCCGUUCCAACCACGUGGAGGACCCAGAAGACGUGAAAAAUCACAAUUGCGGAGUAAUCGAUUACGAUACAAAUGAUCCGCCAUCGCCUUUGACCGAUAAUGGCUCCGGAAGUAAAAUCUACGUGGGAAAUCGCCGAGACCGGAGGUCCUUGAUGGAGAAAAAAUCCUUGGACGACUCCAGAGAGAACUACUUUGACGAGGACGAGUACGAGCAAUUCGUCAGUCAGGACGAGCAUCGUCGAUAUCUGGUGCUCAAUGAUCCUCACUACGAAAGGUACUACCCUGUAGAGCCUAGAAGAGCGUACUCUACCUCGCAGGACUCGGACUUCAGCACGGAUCCUUUUUACAGCUGGCGACCCCGAAGAGCACUUCCCAGGGAAUACUUCAUCGAGAUCAUGGUAGUGGCCGACGCCAAGAUGGUGGAGUACCACGGCAGCGAACUCUUCAGCUACAUCCUGGUCCUCAUGAGCACGGUGUCGAGGAUCUACAAGGACCCCUCGAUCGGAAACGCGAUCAGCAUCGCUGUCAUGAAAAUCGUGAAAACCGAAGAAAUCUUCGGCACGAGGGACUCGGAAAGUGACGGCAUCUCUGCCGCGGACAUGUUGAAGAAAUUUUGUUACUGGCAAAAGUUGAACAAUCCAGACGAGUCGUCCCCUGAGCAUCACGACGCCGCCCUGCUCCUCACUAGAGAGAACCUGUGCCACAAUCCUGAGCAAAAACGAUGCGACACUUUGGGACUGGCAGAACUGGGGAGGAUGUGUUACCCAAGAGCAUCCUGUGCGAUCGUUCAGGACAACGGACUAGCAGCAGCCUUUACGAUUGCCCACGAAAUCGGGCACGUACUGAACAUGCCGCAUGACGACGACCCUAGAUGCAAAGAUUACCGAAACCACUCCGGGGUACACAACGUCAUGUCCAGGAUGCUGGACGACAACACCUUCCCCUGGGAGUGGUCCAAAUGCUCGCGGCAUUACGUUACCGAGUUUUUAGAGGCAGGAAACGCAAACUGCCUGCUGGACGAGCCCAGCAAAGUGAUGGCCAGGUCCAACACUGCCCGACUUCCUGGUGAAGACUACUCGGAGAACAAACAAUGCGAAUUGGUCUUUGGUCCAGGGUCCAUGAUCUGUCCGUACAUGGUGAGUGAUGUGUGCAAAAGACUGUGGUGCACCGCACCGAUCUGGGACCAGGAGCAGCAGUGUCACACCCAACACAUGCCCUGGGCUGAUGGGACCGAGUGCGGACUCGAGAUGUGGUGCCACAGAGGGGAAUGCGUGUCACGGAGGAACCUCCAGCCCGUGGAUGGGCAAUGGGGUGCCUGGAGUCGCUACGGCGAGUGCUCCAGAUCUUGUGGAGGUGGAGUCAAACAGAAAGUCAGGGAAUGCAACGACCCUCCACCUAAGAAUGGCGGAAAUUACUGCGUUGGCGACCGCGUCCGGUACCGCAGCUGCGGAACUAGAGAGUGUCCGUCCAAAGCAUCGGACUUUAGGGAGGAGCAGUGCGCCAAAUUCGACAACAACAAUCUUAACAUCCAAAACCUGGCCAGGGAUGUCAAGUGGCAUGCAAAAUACACGAGAAUACUUCCGGAAGACCGCUGCAAACUCUACUGUCAGGUGGAAAGUAAUCAGUAUUAUAUGCUGCGAGACAAGGUGAUUGACGGAACGCCUUGCGGCCCGGAUUCCUUUCACAUAUGCGUUAAUGGUCGGUGUAAGCCGGCAGGGUGCGAUCACAUGUUGAACUCCACAGCCGAGCUGGAUACCUGCGGCAUCUGCAAAGGUGACAAUUCGACUUGCCAAAGAAUCACGGGCUCCUACAAUUCCAGCAAUUACGGGUACACCAGGGUGACCAAGAUCCCUGCCGGUAGCAGCUACAUCGACAUCAGGCAAUAUGGCUGGGGAGGCUCCCAGAAUGACAGCAACUACCUAGCACUUAGGAUCGGCGAAGACGGGAAGUACAUUUUGAACGGGAACUUCAUGGUGAUGCAGGGAAAGUACCCAGUUCAUCCCGGGAUCACGAUCGAAUACAGUGGACCAGAAUCCGUCGUUGAGCGCCUCAACAGCUCACGACCCAUCAACGUCGAUCUGAUCCUGGAGGUGUUAUCAGUGGGGAACGUCUAUCCACCGCAGAUCUCGUACGAAUACACGGUCCCGAAGAAGAUACUCAACAGCUUCACCUGGAUCCUCAGCGACUGGUCCAGCUGCAACCGGAUGUGCCAAGGCACCAAGCACCGGAAAGCGGAAUGCAGGAGCACGGAACAGAAGGAUGUGGUUUCCGAUGACUACUGCAGACCCGACGAGAAGCCCCGGGAGGAGACACUGAUGUGCAACUCCCACUGCACGCUGCAGUGGCAGGUCACGUCUUUGUCCGAAUGCUCCAGUCAUUGUGGACCAGGAACACGCAGGGUGACGUCCAGAUGCAUUCAGAUCAUUUCUAACUUGGGAACCCAUCCACCCAGGAUCAUUCCAAAGCAUGCUUGUUCACAUUUGGAGCGACCUCCUGAGCUGGAGUCCUGCACUGGGUCUUGCGAGGAUGCUCACUGGAGGUAUGGGGAAUGGGGCAGCUGCAGCGUCACUUGUGGUGGUGGUAUCCAAAUGAGAACGGCUACUUGCGUCGACUCUAACGAUCGACAAGUGCCGGAUGAAAAGUGCAUCUCGGGGGAGAAACUGCUGAAGAGAAUCUGUGGACAAGAGGCUUGCCCAAAGUGGUCCAUGGGAGACUGGUCACCGUGCUCGGUCACCUGUGGAGUGGGAAAACGGGAAAGGGCACACUGGUGCGAGGUGGAAAACAGAGUCAUCUCCAAGAGUUACUGCAAAGGAUCUCCUCAAGGUGUGAGCGAAACUUGCAAUGCAGGUCCUUGUCACUCCUGGCACGCUGGUGACUGGAGUACGUGUUCCGUGUCCUGUGGAGAGGGAACAUCCAGGAGGAAUGUGGUUUGCCAGGAUACCGCUGGUGUUCAAACAGAAGGAUGUGCUCCUUCCGAAAAGCCAAUGGACAGGAAGACUUGCAAUCUUCAGCCUUGCCCCACUGUGCCCAGUUUGCCAACGAUAACUUAUUCAUCGGACCCCACUCAAGAUGAAGUAGCUCAACAUGACAAUGAGAUCGACAGUAACGGCAUCACCUUCUACUUUGGUUAUAAAUGGCGAACCGGCAGUUUUGGCGACUGCUCGAAACCUUGCAACGGAGGCUACAUGUACCGUGUCGUGAAGUGCACUUCAAUAGAAACUGGGGCAGUUUCCUCGGAUGAAAAUUGCGAUCCAAAACGAAGACCCCGAUCAAUGGCGUCCUGCAAUCAUCAUUCCUGUCCUCUCUGGAACACCGGAGAAUGGAGUGAGUGCGAUGUCGAGUGUGGGGAUGGCUUUCAACAUCGUCAAGUUCGAUGUCAAAGUCUCCGUGGGGAAGUUCUGCCCGAUAAAGAAUGUUCUUCCGAGCAGAAACCACGACAUGUUGAAAGAUGUCGAAAAUCUGCAUGCAGGAAAGAUAUUACAAAUGUCAAAGAAAAGACUCCGGAUGUCAAUGGUCAUCGCAGAUGGCGAGUGUCCAACUGGACUCCGUGCUCGAAAUCUUGCGGAAGCGGCUUUAAGACGCGCAAGGUAGAAUGCACCUUGAAGAGCGGAUCCCGAGGAGCCGAGGUGCUGGUCUCGGACGAGCAGUGCUCGAGACUCGGACUUUCCAGGCCGAAAUCGCAGAGACCUUGCCAGCGAGUACCCUGUGACUAUACAUGGCAAGAAGGCGCCUGGUCCGAGUGCACGGCAGAAUGUGGAGACGGGGUGCAGAGGCGAGCUGUCACUUGUCAUCGUGUCAAUCGUUUUGGGUGGAUGGACCCAACUCCUGUUGAAGGCUGUCAAGACGUUGACAAGCCAAUUUCUCAACAGCCUUGCAAGCUUCGAGAGUGCAGCGAUCGUUAUUAUUGGACAGCCGGACCCUGGAAAAAGUGCAGUCAUCCAUGUGGCAGAAAAGGCAGACAAGUCCGCAGACUAUUCUGUCACGACAGAAACGGAAAGAAGGUUCCACGUUUCAAUUGUCCGGCAGCGUUCAAGCCGCAAAGGAAACGGAAGUGCAACCAACGUCGAUGUGGACCAUUGACUUGUCAAGAGGCGAAAAGACGGUUUAAAUCUAGCAAAGAUGGGGAGUACAUGUUGCUCGUAGGUGGAAGGAACAUGUCAAUUUACUGCCACGAGAUGUCAAGCGACGAGCCUCGGGAAUAUCUGACUUUGCCUGCAGGUGAUCGGGAGAACUUUGCGGAAAUCUACGACAAGAGACUACUAAAUCCACAUAGUUGUCCUUUCGAUGGACAGAGGAACGAUAGUUGCAUGUGUGUUGCCGAUCCUGGGACCGUCUCUGGGAGAACAAUGUUCAAAAGAGUUCGCUUAGACCCCACUAGACUUCGCAUUGUUGCGAACGAUUACACGUUCUCAUGGACGAGCGGAGCGAAACGCGUCGAAUUUGGGAAAGCUGGAGAUUGUUAUAGUUUAUCGAAUUGUCCACAAGGUCGAUUUAGUAUUAAUCUCAGUGGGACUUCAUUGAAACUUGCCCCGGAAGUUACCUGGAUCAGCCUGGACACGACAGCCUACGUCAGCGUCGAGAAAAUCAACGACCAGAGGGUUUUCGGGAAAUGCGGAGGAUAUUGCGGAUUCUGCAUACCGAAGACUGGCUUGAAACUUGACGUGCUACCCCCUUAAACGAAAGAAAAAUGAAAGCCGAGUGAAUCCAGGUGUACCAAAGCCGUCCUCGCCAGCUUUGCCGAAGCUCGAAAAGUCUGCCACUCGUUUAAGCAGGAAUCCAAGUGACGAAUUUCUAAUGACUAAUUACUCGGGAGAGUAGACGGAAAGGGAAGAAGAGAUCAGCCGAGAAUUCUGCGGUCGAAUUCCUAACAGCUGACUCGGCGACUUUUGAAGACGAUGCUUCAUUCUGGUCGUAAAAGCGAAAAUGCGCAUUGGAGGACCGUGCAAAACGAAUCAUACGUGUAUUGCAAGCUGGAUUGAUAGUAUUACUAUAUGGACAGCAACCCAUAAUGUCGGAUCUCCAAGAGCUGAUCAACGACUUUAGAAGAUGGUCAUGGAACGGAAAAUGCACAUUGGAGGCCCUUGCAAAAUGAACCGAGGAAAAAAUCCCUCGUGCAUUGUACAAUGGCGACAUGAAUGCCUCCCCUGCAGAUACGACAUCGCCUGUGCAGGAUGGAUGGGCAUUGAUGUCUCCCAGUGUACCCUGGACCAAUAGUAUUACUAUACGGACAGGAAGAUGGUCGUGGAACCGAAAAUGCACAUUGGAGGCCCUUGAAAAAUGAAUCGAGGAAAAAAUCCCUCUUGCAUUGUACAAUGGCGACAUGAAUGCCUCCCCUGCAGAUACGGCAUCGCCUGUGCAGGAUGGGUGGGCAUUGAUGUCUUCCAGUGCACCCUGGACCAAUGGUAUUACUAUACGGACAGGAAACUAUAAUGCGACAACUAGAAGCAAUACAAAGUAAGUAUGAUGAACAAUGCGCACCGGAAGAAAUGCGUAUAAAAAUGAAUGGUGCUCGUAUCUCAGUCCGAAGGGAACUUUAUAGUGCAUUGUAAUGCGGUAUUAUGCGAGCAUUGUAAUUCUCGCCAUGAACAAUUUACCAUGAAGUGGAGUCUUAUCGUACCUUGCUCUCUUAUUACAAACGUAACGCGAAUUGCCAUUAGCAUAAUGCACUGCCAUGUAGUAACUUUGUCAUUGUUCGAGAUAUGACGUGUUGCAUGUCAAAAUGUCAUGACUGUCUCGACGGACAUAAAUGCUCCGCCAUUUUGACAUGUUCGGCGACAUAGCGUACUCUACCGUUUUCUAUUUAAGCGUCGAAAGUAGGAUUAGUUGAUAACAAAACGACCGCUUGUCUUGUAACAAACAUUUUCUAUCGGACGUAUUUUAUACACUUGACAGACGAUUCAAUUUUUACUAUCUUCCCUGAACAAAAGUACAACAGAAUUUUCAAUCAGCGACCUUCAAUAAAAAAGAAAGCCGAUGCAUACACAAAUAAUUAAAUACGAAGCCUUAAAUCGCAAAUGGAUUUUCUUUUAUACAGAUUCUAAACAUGUAAUUCCCCAUCCUGUCUUCGACUACUUAAUGGGAACCAUGAAAAUAUCGUUCCAUAACUUCACGGGCGAAUUGAUAAAGGCUAAAAGUUGUUCUGCAAAGACAAUCGAUGUAAUUUGCGAUGCAUUCGUCAAUCCUGAUUUAUUUAAUCAUGGAAUCAUCCGUGAAGAAACAUUCUCCGGGAAUUUAUGGAACAACUUAUCGAUUAAUUUUUUGCAAACGACCCUGUGAGUGAACUAAUCUUUAAGAAAGCAAAUCUUUAAGGCUGCACGCGAAAUUGGCGCGCAUUGAAAUCACUUUAUGAGUUAUGGUUUUAUUUACGAGGUCGGUUAAGCUUUGGAAAAAAUCUCGGUAGCUGAAGUAGCAACGAGACGUCGUUUCUUCGUGCAAGUUGCUCCAUAAAUCUUGGCAAGGUCGACAGCCUUUAUAUUGCUCUCGUUAAGGCGAUGUGAAACCCCGCUCAGACCAGUCGACUAGAAUAAGACACUUUUUUAAAAUAAAAUUGAACCGAACCGUAUGAAACUGACACAUGACUCGUGAGCACCUAGGAAUUAUCCUGGCACUUUCAAUAUUUGGACAUUCGGAAAAAAAUUAAAAAAAAAUACUUAACUUAUCCCAGACCAGAAUCAAAGGCUCUGAUAUAAGAAACGGAAGUGUCUUCCUUCGUUCUCAUCUCUUCAAUAAUUCUAAAGACUUCGCCAUAAGAAUUAUCCGAGAAAUUAUGCACGGGGUCGUCGUGUCGCGCGUAAAGAUAGCUAAUUAUUUCUAGAACAAUUGCGAGAAUUUCUUAAAGAUUUUUCGUCGCGUUGUUCCAGCUUUUAACGAAUAGUUUAUUUAUUAAUCGGCACUUAUCGAUGUAACGAUUAAUCUGCGAGUGUUUUCUAGGAUUCUUCUUCGUUUUUCACGUAUUUCUGUCGCGAAAAUUUAAAAUGGCCGCCCAACAGAUUUUAUCACAGCGUCCCGUCCGGAUCUUAUGGUCGCUACGUGUUUAAUAUUAAUAAAUCUGUGCUAAUCGAUCUGUACAAAUUUAUCGGACGCGUAGAUAUUGUAGUCCUCGAUUUAUCCGCGGUAAUUAGAAGUCGCUAUAAAUAGAAUUAAUGACUCUUUCAUGCGCUGCAAUUGUUUGAAGUCGCUGCGAUUUGUCGUAAUUUGUGUAGCCAUUUUUAGAAACGCGAUGUUAAAAGAUAUGUACGAGGCGUGAAGUACUUGUAAAGUGUAAACCAGCUUCGUUAGGUGUAUGCUACAUGUUUCGAGACUUGCUUGUACUUGUACCUAAUUUUUCAGGAUAAAGGACAUUUUUUAUCGCCAGUCUUUGAAUGGAUGAAAGACGUAUUUUAUCUCUAGAAGUAAGGUACAAGUACAAAUCUAGGUACAUAACCUCUGUCGUCCUGUACAUAGAGCGUUCGAAAGCUUUCUCUACGUCUUCCUGUCGAAACAAAAUCCAGGAUAAAAUUCCGAUCGACGUGUAUUUAAAUUCUUGAGCGAAUCUCCGUAGUAUAAGACGCUGAUAAGCGGAUUAUGGGGGGAUGUGAUAGUGGAAUUAAUUACUGGAAAUUCGCCACACCCUGGGUGCGCCGAAUCGCUUCGAAAUUUACGACACGAGACGGAAUAAAAUUUUAAACAUUUUUUUUUUAUAAAUAUAUGCAAAUCCAUGGGUGUCGAAAUCUUCCUUAUGACCUCCAUAUUUAUGUUAUCAAUUUUGAAACCAUUCGGUACACCCUGUUCAGAGAAAUGUGUCAUUCGCGGGAUUUCUGCCACGCCACUUUCACACCACCUUAAUGAUGAUCAAUCGAAUGAUUCCAAUUGAUCCAAAGACUCGAUCGUUGUCGGAUUAAAUCCCCGAUCUCGCUUUUGUACAGAAAGACAAUGAGGAACCUUUCGAUAAUUGAAUCAUGAGAUUUCUACGACUUCGAUACUCGCUUGAGUCGACAUUAAUUAAUUGCUAAGUUAACGUUUCGUUUCGACUGCCGUAAUUAAUAUUACUCGUAAUUAGUUGUUAAGUCGUGUCAACGUCGCAGAACAAACCGACUCGUUUUUUAUUCCCCGUUGAAAAUUAAAAACGUAACAAAGCAUCGAUGACGUCCUUAUCGGGAUUUAUUUACUGGCUUUGUUAUCGAUUAUCGUUCGCUUGUCGCAAUUAUUCAAUUGUCAUUCGAUUACGGAAACUCUGUUACGCGUAAUUCUUAUUUCCACGAAGUCGUGCGUUUUGGGCUUAAAUUAUUGUUAAAUAUAAGCGAUAGUUUCUUGGAGGCGAGAAGUCGACAAUAUUAAAUAUUUAUUUACGUGAUUU